AUGUCAUUAAUUCUAUGCAAACAGAAACAGCCAUCCUCUCUAAGUCCAGGCUUACAGGCUCCAACAAUGAUGUGGGGAUAUGACACAGCAACAACUUCCCGACUCCUUGCAAACGACUGGAAACCUUACCGAUUUCGACAAUACAGCUUAGAAGUGUCAAAUUCCUCUGCUAUACAAGAUUGGUUCCAAUGUUACAAAGAUGACACUCCAGAUUCCCGCAUACCAUCAGACAUACAGAAUAUUCCAUGUGAAAGAACAGCCAGAUACCUCAGAAUAAGAACAAGAUAUGAUGCUCCUGAAGAUAAUAGAUAUUGGAUCACAGGGGCUAUACUUGAAAUAUGUGAAGUUAAAGUUUACGGUUGUGAUAUCGGUUAUUAUGGUCCAAACUGUUUGUCUUGCGGAGGCUGUGCAAACUGUGACAUUGUAACUGGUUGUCCGGCGGUAAUAUGCAGCAAUAAUUGCGUAGAGACGCAAUGCAAUGGAAAUGGAAUCUGCACCCGAGGGUGUAAUCAAGGAUACUGGGGAGAUAGAUGUCAGAACGUCUGUCCCUCGACUUGUCCAGGGAAAGUCUGCAACAGAAUUAACGGUUUGUGUACUUCCUGUAACGAUGGGGACUAUGGGGAAAGAUGUGAAUUAAAAUGUCAUUGGCCUUGUGCUGAACAAAAAUGUAACAAAGGCAAUGGAAUCUGCACAAUUGGAUGUGAAACUGGGUUUUAUGGACCCUACUGUGGAAGUCUUUGUGGUAAUUGCAGCAGUGGUUCUUGUGAGAAAUCAAAUGGAAACUGUCAACCCUGUAACACAGGCUAUUACGGAGCAAGGUGCGAUAAACCUUGUAGAAAUACUUGCUUAAAUCAGGAAUGUAGACAGAUUUAUGGACAAUGCAGUAAUGGUUGUAAAAACGGCUUUUACGGUUCGUAUUGUAACAUGACAUGUAGUAAAAACUGUGAAGGAGUUACCUGCAACCAAGAUGGAACUUGUAGUGGAUGUAAACCAAACUGGGCAGGGGAUAAUUGUAACAUGUUAAUUGUAACAGCCAGAUAUGCAACAAUGCCACCGGUUUUUGCACGUAUGGGUGUAAGAGUGGAUUCUAUCGAGAAAAGUGUGAUCAGGGAUGCAGUGCAACAUGUCCAUCGGCGUGCAACAGAUAUUCUGGGGAAUGUGAAGGUGAAUGUCCAUCUGGCAAUUUGUAAACCUGAUUAUUAUGGUCAAUGGUGUGAAUCUCAGUGUAAUUCAAACUGCUUUAAUGGAACCUGUGUCUCCAACAACGGGUCGUGUAUAGGAGGAUGUAAGGGGGGCUUUGUAGGCGAGAAAUGUUCCAUGGAACUAACUGUAAGUGACACGACUUCUUUGCCGACUACAGCUAUCGGUGCUGGACUAGGUGCUGCGUUAUCUCUAUUGGUUUUAAUCAUCAUCGUGGUCAUUUUUCUCAGGUACAAAAGACGAAUGCAUCAAAAUUCCAAAUCUGAUAUGGUUCUCUAUAAAAAGAAAGACACUCCAUCUUCUGAAAAUAAGUUGUACACAAACAUAGAAAAUGUUUCGGUACCGAUCGAGGACCCAGAAAAAGAACCACAGCUAGAAAACCCCGAGGAGGCUGUGUAUUAUAAUGAUCUGUCUGUAGCUAAGGAUAUCGCUGUGCCUGAUCUACUCAAAAUAAUCACUCAGAGGGAAGCCAAUGAAAUGGAAGGAUUUCAGAAGGAGUUUAAGUCCCUUCCUUAUGGAGAAAGAUUUGCCUGUGAAACAGCUAAAACAGCAGAAAACAUGCCCAGGAACAGAUUCAAAACCACUUUUCCAUACGAUCAUUCUCGCGUUAUUUUAGAAGUUGAUAAUGGUUUCACCUACGAUUACAUCAACGCAAAUUAUAUCGAGAAUGUGGAGGGGGGAAAAGAAUUUAUAGCUUGCCAAGGGCCACGUGAAAACACUUUAGUUGAUUACUGGAGAAUGGUUUGGCAAGAACAUGUGGAAUACAUCGUUAUGUUGACCAACCUUAUUGAGGGACCAAAGGUGAAAUGUCACCAAUAUUGGCCAGAUGAAGGAAAGAAUCUAGAAAUCAAUCCAUUUUCCGUAACUUUGGUAGAAGAAAAAGUAUAUGCAUAUUUCGUCGAGAGAAAAAUGACUGUUCGGAAAAAGAGGGUCAAUGGUUCAAGGACGGUGGUACAGUAUCAUUACACACGAUGGCCAGAUCACGGGACUCCCAACCCUCUGAAUUUGGUUGUCUUCAUCAAACCUUCUCAGCAUCCAAUUAUUGUCCAUUGCAGUGCGGGGAUAGGACGAACCGGGACAUUUAUUGCCCUUGACGUUCUGUCAAGGUUUGGCAAGGACAAGGGGAAGGUCAAUGUCAUAGAGUAUGUCAAGGCCAUGCGUAAAGACAGGAUGACCAUGAUACAGAAUGUGGACCAGUACGUAUUUCUUUACCAUGCUUUGUACGAGUUCUUCAGAAGAAAAGCCCAAUAUAAGAAGAAAGACGAAUUUCUCCACCAUUAUGGAGAUGUCAACAGAACAAAUACACAGAAACAUCUAACCAAUGAAUUCAAUGAACUGAUAAGCUUAAAACCACGAUAUGAUGCCCAUGAUUUCAAGAGUGGAAAAAAAUUUUCAAAACUGAACUUUACAAAAUCAGUAUUACCAGUUGAGCAAUAUCUGGUGUAUCUGACUUCUCAUGUUGCUGGUAGAGAGUCGUACUACAAUGCAGUGAAUGUUUCUUCAUUCACGCGAGCUGAGGAGUUUAUAUCUGCACAAUAUCCAGUAUCUGGUGCUGCCAUAGACCUUGUUCGUCUGCUAAUUGAUCACGAGUCAGCAUUUCUUAUUUCAUUAAACCCAUUAUCCGAAGUGAAAGAGUUACAAAGCUGGGUAGAGGAUAAACAAAAUCCUGUCAUGUUAAGUCCCUAUACAAUCACAAAGGGUGCAGAGACAUCACUGACCAAGGAGAUAAGAAAAAUAAUUAUAAAUAUUACGAAUAAGGAGGAAAACUCAGAAAAUCAUGAAAUACAGAUAUUUGAAUGCUUAAAUUGGAGCUCCGAUGAUGCACUGCCGAAAGAAACUUCUGGUUUGACAAAACUCAUCAAGCAAUUCACCCUUGAUCGGAAAUAUCACCCGGAUGGAAAUAUUACUGUGAUAUCAAAGGACGGUGCAACCUGCUGUGGAGUAUUUAUUGCUGUGUAUAACGCCAUAGAACAGCUACAACAGGAUGAUGAGGUGGACAUAUUUACUAUAGUACAGCAACUACAGUGUAGAAGACCGGAAAUGAUAUCUACAAAGAAAGAAUAUGAAUUCUGCUUCAAAGCAGUAUCUGAUUUUCUAAAUACAGACAAUGUGUAUGCCAAUUCUUAAAAGAAAAGAAUUGAAAGACACUUAGAAGACCAUUGCAAACAAAAAUUUGAUAAAAUGAAAAAAGUAUAUUUGUAAAAUAGUAUUUUAUUGUGCAU